AUGUCCAACCGUGCCCUCUCUUCAGCUAUUAAUCGGGUCGCUGCAGUCUCCCAACAGCUCUCCUCCCAGCAUGCUGUGAAGACUCCCAUCCGGGCUGCAUCGACAUCAGCAUCCGCAAGCACGACCUUCAAGCUCAACACUGGCGCCUCCGUCCCUGCGAUCGGCUUCGGGACAUGGCAGGACAAGGAAGCACAAGAGCCGGCUGUCACAGCAGCACUGAAGUGUGGGUACAGACAUAUUGAUACCGCUCGAAUCUACGGCACCGAGCCCGCCGUAGGAGCUGCGAUAAAGAAGUCGGGUGUGCCAAGAUCAGAUAUCUUCUUAGUCACGAAAUUAUGGAACAACAGUCACGACCCUGCUUCCGUGGAGCCGGCACUAGAUGCCUCGCUGAAGGAUCUAGGAACUGAUUAUGUGGAUCUGUAUUUGAUGCACUGGCCUUCAGCCUUCAAAGACGGCAGCAAGAUGUUCCCAAAGGACAACGCUGGGAAUGUGCAAACAGGAUCAGCAGAUUACGUUGACACGUACAAGGCCAUGGAAUCCUGCUUCAAAAAGGGCAAAGCGAGAGCGAUCGGCAUUUCGAACUUCAGCAAAUCGGAAGUGGAGAGGCUACUAAAGGAGACGACUGUGGUGCCGGCGGCGCAUCAGAUGGAAUGUCAUCCUUAUCUUUCGCAGAAGGCCUUUGUGGAGUGGCACAAACAGAAGGGUAUUCAUGUGACGCAGUAUUCACCGUUUGGCAAUCAGAACCCGGUGUAUUCGAAGGGUGAGGAUAUGGGCAAGUUAAUGGAUGAUCCCGUAUUGGUGGAGGUGGGAAAGAAGUAUGGGAAGACUGGCGCGCAGGCUGCACUGGCCUGGGGUAUCGCUCACGAGCGGACGGUCAUCCCGAAGUCCAAGACAGAGAGCAGGAUCCAGGCGAAUCUCGAGGGCGACUUCAAGCUUGAGCAGGAAGAUGUCGAGAAGAUCGAUGCGUUGGAUAAGAAGUUGAGGUUCAAUGAUCCCUCCAAAAACUUCGGGUGGGAGUUCUACGCAGACUUGGACGGCAAACAGUCCUGA